UUGUAGUAAAAUACACAUAAAAUUUAUUGUCAUUGUAACAAUUUCAAAUGUGCCAUUUAGUGGCAUUAAAUACAGCCACAAGGUUGUACAAUGCCACUAUCUACUUCCAGAAAGUUGCUGUCAUCCCAACAGAAACUCUGUCCCCAUUGAACACGAAGUGUCUGCCCCUCCCCCGGCCCUCACAGCCUCUAUUCUACUCUCUGCCUAUGAAUUUAAGGCUGAUGUUUUAACUCCCAGUUUUCAGUUUCGGUAACAGGCUCAGGGGGCAGAGGCCCUGCCCUGUGGGAUUUGAGCCCGGGCAUCCGCCACCCCAGCUUCCUAGAUACUGACCCUUGGCUGCAUGGGGAGGUGGGGCGCUCUGGGUCAGGAUGUAGAGUUUCAGGCCCUGCAGUGCCACCAGUUCCUCAUGGGAAUGGGAAAGUACCUCAGUGUCCCCAUCUGUACAGUGGGAGCAGAGUAGAUUUGCUGCUUGGGACCUGGCCAAACCCAAGGGAAAAGACCAGCCCAGAAGACCAGCCUCUUCCUUCCUCCCUGCACACCGUCCCCAGGACGCAAGUCUGGACACCAGGGUCUUCCAGGUUUGGGCGUGCUCCUCACACAGAGCAUUGGGGCAGCCUGCAGGAUAUAGGGGCAGGACUCCCUGACCUGGAAGGGGAAGCAAAUGGAAUCCUGAACUCAGGCCUCCCUGGGGCCAAGUUCCUGCUCCUCCCGGGGCCACAGCUCCCUGGUAAAGUGGCUGAGGCCAGGCCCGUCUCAGGGUGUCUGUAGUGCGGACCCGGUGUGGCAGUGCCUGGUGCUUCCAAAGUAAGAGCGGAGAAAUCUGGGGCUGAGGAGGGCUCACUACCUACCAGUUCCCUGUGUGGUCUCCGGGCCUCUUCCAGGGAGCAGUCUGCCUCCAUCCAUCUGACUUGGGGGCUACCCGGUGACGGCUCCAUUAGCCGCAGCCCCACUCCCAUCUAUCAGCCUUAUCGGCUCAUCUGGAGAGAGAAUCUCUUUGGAGCCAAUGGCCCUCCUCUUUCUCGGGCACUGUUUCCCUGUCUCCUCCCCAGGCUGCCUGCCGCUCUCCACUCUAUGCCGUGGCCUUGGCCACCUCUGCUGUGCACCCUGGCCUUGACCGCCACUAUCACCCCAUGCCGUAGCCUCUCCCCUCCACCUUCCCAUCAGUCACAUGCCAGGGUCUUUGCCACAUGGCCCCAAGUGUGUUCUCCGUGGCCCAUGAGUGGCCUGGCCCCUCUCCACCUGGCCCAGGCCAUGUGGUCUGCACCUCCUCCCCCGGGAGUAUUAGUAAUCGGUCCUCGGAGUGAAACAAUCUCGUGUAAUCUAUCAGCAGCUAUCUGGCCCAUCGGAGGGUGGGGAGUGGCCGGGCCCAGAGAUGGCGCCAACCUCCAGCGUUGAUAAAGUUUCCGAGCUGAGCGGAGAUGAAUGUUGAGUAAGUACAGGCCGCACGAUAGGAUGUGGACUUGGCAGGCCCACAGCUCUGGCUGAAACCAAUCUCUCCCCUAUCAGCCAGGCUGGGCUUUCUCAGGCCCCGCAUUUUCUUCCCACCUCCUCUGCCUCCCCUCUCUCUGCCUUGCCCUGCCUGGACCCUGCCCCUAGGGACAGGGGUGGGGGACCUGCCCACUGGCCCUGGUCAGAGAAAGGGGGCAGGCUGGGGGCAGGGGAGGAUCCUGAUUGAGGCCAAGCACAUGGCCCCCAGUAAGAGGCUGCCCGGAGGUGGUGGCCAUCCACAGCAGCUGGCCUCCCUUCCGUCUAGUGCCCACAGUCUUUGCGUAGCCUCCAGGUGCUGAGACUAAACCCUGGCCAGCCACCUGGAGCUCCGGCCCCUUUGCCUCUCCACUGCACCAUCCUCAGCUGCAGAGCCAGAACCCACCAACUCUCUCGCCUCCAGGGCUUUGCACAGACAACUCCCUCCACCUGGAGCGGGCUUCCCUAUUCACAGUCAGAGCUGAGAUAUCGCCUCCUCCUCUGAGAACCCCUCACUAGCCACCUCCACCCCCACCUGCUGUUCUUCAUCCUGUACCAUCUUAGCUCUUCCUAGUAUCGGAGAUGCGUGUCUACCCAUACCCUAAUGUCCACAUAUCACCCACAUGCACACACACCCCCCGUCCAGACCUGUUUGCUCAGGUUGAACUGGCAGGUGGCAGGUGCUCAGGAACCUGGUAGAAGGGGUUACAGUACUCUUAGGAAUAGCCCGCAUCUGGGGAGUCUUCACCUCCUGCAAAGCCCCUUCCCGUCUACUCCUUAUAGCGGCACUAUGAGGCUAGUGUGGCAGUGCCCAUUUGCCAGAUGUGCAAACCAGGGCCUGGGCGGACUCCCCAGGCUCAGAGCCGUAUGCUCCAGACCCUGGCCCAGCUUCGGUUCUGCCUUGCCCUAAAUAGCUGUGGGCGGUAGAUAGCCCAAGGCCCAAGACGAGGACUGGUAUAGUGCUCUCUGCCUCAGUUUCCCAUCUGUACAGAGGAACCAGCUUCCUUACAUGCUGGUGUUGAGGAAGGUCCUGGCAGAGCUUCAUAAACUGUUGAGGGCUAUGCACUUGCGUCCCAGGGAUUUGGGCCAGAGGGGCCACAGCUCCUCUGGGGGGUCCUGUCACUGCAUAGCCCUGGGAGGCAGGUGGACAGCCCCACAGAGCACAGAGGGGCAUGCUGGCCCAGGCCACACGGCAAGUGGCUGGUGGAGCCUGGGACCUGGCCUCAGGGAACAGACCUCUGGUGGCUGUGGGGAGGAGUGGCGGAAAGACGGCGGUGUCUGGACGAUCAUGGACGGACUGGGGAAAGGACUUGAGAGGUAGGGAGGGCUUCUCCGGGCCUUGGUUCAUCUGUGGCACAGGGCCAGGAAGGGACACGGAGGCCAGGUGACAAAGCCACAGGCCCGGGAGUCCGCAGACCUGGGUCUCCUGCCGUCACCCCUAUACAUAGAAACGACGGGCGGGACAGUGCAGGAAACGCCGGGACAGGAAAGGGGAGCGUGCGGCCGCCGGCCCGCUCUUCUAGCUCUGGGGCCUUAGGCCAGUUCCUUUAACCUCCUUUUGCCUCAGUUUCCCUAUCUGUAAAGUGGGGGUAACACUAAGUAGAGGAGUUGAGGAUCAAAAGUGCUACGUGAUUAAAUCCUUAGGAUUGGGUCUGCUGCAGAGGCUGCUUCGACACCUACUGCUGCCACCGCCAUCAUUAGCGUUGCCGGUGCUCACUCGGGCCUAGCAGGGCAGGCUGGACAUGCCCCCGCACUACGCAUGGUUCUUCCUGCUCCGUGGGAGUGACCAGGCCCACCCUAGGCCCCCCUCUGGGCGUGGCCCUCGGUGCUGGGGCAGUUAAGCCCCCCUGAGUUCCGCCUGUCGGUUAAGGGACUGACCACAGGAGGAAGUGGUGGUGGCUGAGGGAUGGGAUAUGGAUGCAGGACCCCCCCACUGGGUGUUAGUGCCCUAUCUCCCCCAAUCUCCCUCCCAGUCUGGAGCCCCCAUACCCACCCAGGCCUCAGAUACCCCAGGCAGGAAGGCCUGGCUUCCACAAGUAGGGGAGGUGGCACAUCCCUCAUUCGGGACUCAGCCCCUGAUCAUCCAUCCACACACGGGCUCAGGCCCCAAGGCUCCCCCCUGGGGCUGAAUGAAACUCCCCGAGGCCCUUCCCUCCGUUCCCCUGUCCUGUGGGGGCCCAGCAGGCCCCCCGCCACACCCAGCUCGGAGCCAGGUCGUCUGUUAGCAGCCUGUUUCCCUCCCCACAUCUGUCACACAGUCACCAGUAUGCAUUAAGCACCUACUAUGUGCCAGGUGCUGUUCCAGAGCAGGGCACUGGCAUAGGCUGUGGGCCACGGUAAGGGAGCCACGGGGUGCUGAGCAGAGGAGGGUGGGUCCGGGCAUGGAGGGUUCCAGUGCACAUCACUACUAGGCCUGAGUGCAGUGGCAGAUUAAGUGUGGACAACCACCCACCACAGAGUGUGACCUUAGAAUCUGUGUGACAGCCCCUGGAGGAAGGAGAUGGGAAGCUGAGCAUUGGGUGACCAGGGAGGGUGAGGCCUUAGGAGGAGGGGCUGGCCGCAGGGUGAGAGGGCCAAAGGCCUCGGACAGGGUCCUCCUGCCCUAGAAGCUCAAAGGUAGAAAGUGGGUCUCAUUUCCUGGGCUGGGGCUAUUCUUGGUUACAGCAGCCCCCGGGCAUAAUGGAGACACAGGGGCAAGAUAUCCACAUGAUUACUGGCCUGGUUACUGGCCUUUACUGUGUCCCGCCCACCAUCUGCUGAGGGGAAGGUUCGUCUCAUCCCCAGCAUCCCGGCCUCCCUCCACACCCUUGCAGUGAGGCCCGGCAGUCGCCAGCCUGGCUGCCAGACCUGCAGGGAGUCAGAAAGUGGGUGUAAGGAGAAGGGACCUGGGGGAAGGAAGAGGGAAGUUGGGACAAAGAUCAUUCAAGUGCAGGAAUGGAGGGCGGAGGCACAGGGACCUGGCUCGUGGCUGGGUGUAGGGCCCCAAGUGAGAGGCGCUGGCUGGCUGGGAGCGUGGGAGAGUUGACAAGGAAAGAUGCUAGUCCCUUUGCAUGAGACUGAGUCACAGGGCCCUGGGUUUUAUUUGGGCACAUAUGACUGUCCCUCGAAUCUUUCAAUAAACACGCCUUAAAAGGAUGAAUUUUUAUUGUAUGCGAAUUAUAUCUCCCUAGGAUCUUUUUAAUUUGUUGGAAGCUGGAGUCAGCCCCAGCGGCCCUUGUCUGUUGGAGCAUGGUUCUGUGUUUCCAGAGAGCUCAGGUCUCCUGCCUGGUGCCCUGGGCACUGCAAGUUUGUGCUUGAUGCUGAGGGCAUCUCUUUGCCCUGGGAUGGCCCGGGGUGUGUUGUGAUGGCAGCCAGCCACCCUCCUCCAGCCUGGCUAAGUUGGGACAGUCGCACUCACCAGCACCUCUGGGCUCGGCUAGGAGGCUUGCUAAGCUGGGUGGCUCACAGCCCGGCACUUAUACACAGCAGCUGGGAUGGGGACACCAAGACCUGAGAGGUGCAAAGGUCUAGGACUCAGAUGUCUGCACCUCUGGAAGAGUAGCGAGUUCCCCUUUGCAGGAGGCAUUCAGUCAGCAUCUGGCUGACCUUGGUGGAGAAGCAGAGUCAAGCUGCUCCGUCUGCAUGUCUCCUCUGCCCCCGGCCCACUUGUGCAGUUGGGUAGGGCGGGCACAGGAUCAGUGCAGGAGAGCGUCUGGUCUCAGGUCCCCAGAACCGAGAGGUCCAGACGCUCACUCUGCCCUUGGAGGAGCAGGCUGCCCACUCAAAUAAGCCAAGAUUAUCUUGCCAACAUCCUCUUUGUGGUCACCCCAGCCGUCAUCAGGACUGAUCCUGGGUUGAUAACAGCCACUGGCAGGUCACUCAGGUGCCUGUGGGCCCUUCCUAGGUCACACCUCUUUAGGCUCCAGAGACCCCUCUGUACCCCACUGGGAUGCUCUUCCUCACGGCCAUCGAUGUAGUCCUUAAACCCUGGGCACACCCAUUAGGCACUGGGGCGGUGCCUUCCUUGAAACUGGCCGCAGGUGGGUCACCCUUCUUCCUCCCUCUGGGCACUGGAGACCGGAAGGAGCAUCAGCUGGCCAGCUGCCCCCACUCCGCACUCCCCGGAGAAUUGCACAAAUGACCUGCAAAUAAAUGUGAAGCUCCAUGGACACCCAGACUGUGGGAGGAAGAGUUUGCCGAGGGGUGAGAAGGCCUUAACCUGGCACAGACAGGGUGAGAGAGUGCCUUGGCAGAAGGACAGCAUGGGCUGAGGAGGCCCUGUGGCUGGAGGGCCAGGGCAGUGGAAGAGGUUUGGUUAAUCCUGGGGGUGAAGGUGGGGCAGGGAAGAGCUAGGGCCCAAGAGCAGCUCCUGCCAAUGGCCAAGCCCCUGUGCUGGCAGUGAUGCAGAGAGCAGUCAGCUUCAGGCUACUUUUAGGGGGGCAGAGGACAGGAGAUGGGCUUACUGAGAUUGCCAGGCUCCCUGUGACAUCUGUGCUGGCCCUCAACAUCCUGGAGGGACAUGGGCAUGAGAGGACCUGCCGGGAGGAGCAGUCAGUGCCGGGGCCUGCCUGUGUGUCCAGGAGGCCCCCACCAGAGCUCCACCUGCCUCCUGUGGCGGCCUGUACCCCUCCAGGAAGCCCCCACUGCUCUGCUGCUGUGAGCUCCUAGGAGGCAGCGGUCUGGAAACCUGCCUUUGUUCAUGUUAGAGAAGCUGUUGAAGAAGUUCUGGUUAAGUGGAUGCUUUUCCCAGGCUUUGUAACUUCCCAGAACCUGCCCUCUAUUCCUACUCGCGAGGGCCCCUUUCCUAUCAGAAGCCCUACUGAGCACGCCCCUGACCCUGCCCUGGCCCUAUCUAGCACUUCCCUCUUCUAACCUAUUUCUCUCCAACCACUGGGCCGGGAAAGCAGCUCGCCACUUGUCAGAAUUGUGCAUCGCGCACAAGGUACUUAGUCAUGAGGGGCUUGGGCAGUGAGUAAAGGCUGCAGGGUGCAGGGUGCAGCUAACAGGCAGGCGCUGGGCCAGCAGCUGCCCCCGCACUCUGUAUCUUGGGUUCCGUUUCUGUCACACACAAGCUGGAUCCAACACCUCGUAUCUGACGAGGGGCUUAAGAGCAUCCAGUCGUGCUCUACAGGACCCAGGGGAGGGGGAGCUUCGCCAGAGGUCAUGCUGCCUCCUGCCUAGAGGUCAAGCUUCAGACCCAACUGUCUGCUAGGCCCCAGAACGACCAGGUCCCUGUCACCCUGAGCUCCCACAGCACAGCUCCCUCAGGGAGAACAGGGCUGUGGCCACCGCCUCUGUGUCCCCGCCAUGGCCUGAGCUGCCCUCUGCCCAGCGGUGGGAAAGUCUGAAUCUGUUGCUAUUUUCUUUCUGUUAUCAGGGCCUUAUCUGGCCACUGUGCCACCCAGAGGCCAGGGUCUCACUUCUGGCAGCACUGAGCCCACUCCCUCCCCCAGCUGUCCAGGGCCAGUAAGACAGGAGGCUAGGCCUUCUGCCAGUCCUGGGGGGAGGUCUUCCUCUCCUACCUGCACUACCCUCCUCAGGCCCCAGCACCUCAGCACCCCUAGCCCUCUCAUCCCUCGAGGGCCAGAGGGCACUUCCGAGGAGAGUUGAAAUAACAACACUUGUAAUAAUAACCAUAAGUCUGUGCCCAGCACCCUCAGGCACGGCCUUGCCUGAACCCCGACCAUAGCCCAUGAUAGAAGGCUGCCUCUCCCAGGCCUUCAAGUGAGGAAACCAGACUCAGGGAGGCAGGGCCUGCACACGGUCACCGGCCUCCACGUCCUCCUGUUCCUUCUGCCUGCGAUGCUUUUCCUGGCCCUGUUUGCAGGCAUCCUCCUUUUGUCCGCUUCCAGGUCUCCAGUCAUUUGUUGCCUCGUCCAAGAAGGCCGCCCUGACUGGCACCCUCUCCUUCGUGCCAGUGGCCACACUGCAUUUUUCAUGUUUCUUUCAUGGGGUUGCAUCUUAGUGGCUUCAGGGUCUCCUGUGUCAGGGGGUCUGGCACUCAUUGGGCUCAGGAAAGCUUUGAUGAGUGAAUGAAUAAGGGAGAGAAGAACGGAGCUAGUGCAUGGGUGAGUGGGUGAAUGAAAGACCAGUGCUUGAAAAUGAGCCGUCAGAGCGUGGCUCCGCCUGUACCCCAGGGACUCCCUGGUGCCCCUCUCCCAGCCCUGCACCUCCUUGGACAGGCCAGGACACUGAUGGGUGAGGAGCAGGGCACAUAGCCCACCAGUGUCCACCUGGCCCCCAGGCCAGUGGGCCUGUAUUCAAAAUCCCACUCUGACACAGGAAGGAGACCUGGGCUGGUGCCUGGACCUGUGUCCUUUCUCGUAAGUUGGGGCUGUAGAGGAUCUCCCCAGAGAGGCGUGAAUGACCCAUGCAAUGGGCACGUGUAAGGGAAAGACCGUACCUGUGGUCAAGCUCUAGUCCAGGUCAGGGCUCACCAGGACUUCACUCUGGUUCUUUCACAUUCCCAAUGGCCUGGCAGAGGGUGGUCCGAGUCACCCACCUUUGACACAGGUACAGGCUUCAGGGAUGGGGGAGCUCUGUCCAGUGCUUCAAGCCACCUCCAUCUGCUCCCACCUGGAAGGCCCACCUGAGGUCUGAUGUCCAGGGGGAUUUUGUCCCCUCAGCUACCAGCUCUUGCUUUCUUCAAGGCAGUUAUGCAAAAGGAACCCCCAGCUACCUUGCCAUCAAAGCCGGGAGGGUGGGGGCAUUAAUCGCUCCUCCUUCGGGAAUUGGAGGGAGUUGGGAUCAUCCCGCUGCACAGAGUCUGUCUCCAUAAUUCAGUUUUAAAGCAUGAAAAAAGGGAGUUGAUGAAAUUCCACUAUCAGCACCGAGCCAAUAUGCAAAAUAUCUCACCCCCAAUCAAAUAGCUAUUAUGUUUUCAUUUCCAUUCCGGCAUCCAGCUUAAUGAGCAGGAGACAGAUUGUCGUGCAUGGCGUCUGCUCACCAUGAUAACGGAGGGGCUCUGGGCAGCAGGGGCCGUGCCCAGUACUGCCCUGACCAGUGGUGACCUCCGUCAUCCCCCACAAGCUCCCCACAGACAGAUGCUCAGCUUUGGGCGUCAGCCUCUUGACUCUACCAGGUAUGGGGCCAGCCUCGCCCUCCCUGCAGCUCAUGUGCAGGCUGAGGAGAGGCACGGGGCCACACCUGGUGCACAGAAGGGCCAUGGCCUGAGCCCCGUCUGGAAGCAUGGCUAAUUGGAGGAGGCUCCUUCCCCACCUACCCCCCACCACUGCUUUCUCACUGAGGCCCAUGAACAGGUCAGUUCACUUUGCUGGGCCUCAGUUUACUCAUGUGCAAAGUUGGCAUGACUCGCGCUUCCAUCUUGGGAGGCGCACUGGCCCGUCGUGACCAUCAUCAGGGCCCUGCCCCCCCCCCCGACCAUUCCAUCCCCAUCACCCUCCCAGUCCUCUGCCACCACUCCUCCUGUUGCAGUGGUAUUGUAAGCCCCUCCCUACAUACACCUUCCCCAUCGCCCCUACAGCCCUGGCCACAGGGGGAUGGGGGGCACAAAGGACAUUUAUAAAAUGAGCACAGGGUAGUACUUAACCAUAAGCGCAUCCCCGCACCAUUUCCCAGGCCCUGCCGCUGGUGGGUGGUAGUAGCUAACAGUGGUGACAGUCGAUGUCUGGGGCACACAUACUGUGUGCCAUCCCUAAGCUAAGCUUGCAUACAGGUGUUGCCUCAUUUCAUUCUAUAAGGUGAGAGCCGUGUGGUUACUGAGCACAGAAAGGUAGAGUGACUUGUCUGAGGUCACACAGCAAGGACACCUCCGGCCAGGCUGUGGGUUGGCCUGGCUCAAUGGGUUGGGGUCUGUGGGCAGAGAGGGUCCCACAGGGGCCAGCCGGGUUCUUUCCUAGCACAGGGCACCCAGGAAACACAGCAUCACAGCCAUCACCAUGGCCAGCUGAGAAGCCUCCCUCCCUGAGCCCCAGGUGGAACCAAGGUGGUCACUGGGUCUUAAGCAGGGGCCAAGUGGCACACUCUCUUCGCACCAAGGCGGCUGUGGGGUGGAAUUUGCCACACUGCAUCCUGCUUGUGGGCUUGUAGCGAUUUGCUGGUUGGCAGUUGUCUCCUGUAUUAUCAGAGCUGUUUUAAUUGUGCUGGAACUGAAUUAGUGGCAUUAGAAUAAAUUGCCUCAGCCGGCAGCCUCUUUUUUCACGCUCAUUGUCACGCCUUUGUUCAGAGCGGGUGCCUUUGUUCUCCUGUAAAUGGACCCAACAGGGGCUCAGGGCCUCCCUGGGUGGCUGAGGCCCACCUGGAUGAGGCACCAAGAGUGGGGGCUAUUGUCCCUGGGGUCCUGGGGAGGGGAGUGUCAGCCCCACCCCAGUGCUCUGGUCCCUGCAUUCCCUGAAAGGAGGCAGCUUCAUACCCAUUCUCUAGAGUAGGCAACUGAGGCCCUGAAAUCCAAUGGCCCAUUCAGCAGGAGGGGCCGCAGCUCCUGGGCAAUCCCUCUAGCUUUGAAUGAGCCAAGGAAGGCACCACAGCUUCUGGAAAAGGGCCAGCAAGGGGCCUGACUUCAGGACUGUGUGCUGGCCACAGUGGUGGGCAGUGCCCGCUCAGGGCCCACACCACGGGAGAGGGAUCAGAGACUGGCCCCCACUGCAUCCAGUGCUUUCCUGCCCAGGUUCCCUUGGAGACAUGGAGGCUGGAGAAGAGGCCCAAGCCACAGGCAUCAGCCUCCCAGAGCUGGAGGCAGCAGCACCCGAGCCCGAGGCCAAGGCAGAGCCCAACCCGCCGAGCCCUUCUAUCCCAGAAGCUAAUCCCCUGCCCCCACCACCAACGCCGCACCCCACAUCUCCUGGAGGCCCCAAGGAAACGGAGGGACAGGAGCCAAAGACGAAUCUGGAGGAGGAAGCCCACAGCUCCUGGAGCGGGCCAGACGAGCUGGAGGAAGUCCUGCAGGAUGGGCAGAGGUGCGUGCGGGCUCGACGCAGCCUUGCUGAGGGCCUGUCCUGGGGCCCAUUCCGCGGAAGCAUCCAGAGCACAGCCUCAUCCCCCAGGCAGGCAGAACCGAGCCCCACCCUGAUGCUGCUACUGGAGGAUGAGGCCUGCUGGCUGAGGACACUGCCCCGGGUCCUGACGGAGGCUGAGGCCAAUGUGGAGAUCCACAGGAAGGAAGAUGUAUUCCCCUGCAAGGACUGUGGCAUCUGGUACCGCAGUGAGCGGAACCUGCAAGCUCACCUCCUAUAUUACUGCGCCAGCCGCCAGAAUGCCAGCUCCCCUGCCUCAGCCACCACUGAUGAGAAGACCAAGGAGCCGUACCCCAACGAGCGUAUCUGCCCCUUCCCCCAGUGCCGAAAAAGCUGCCCCAGUGCCAGCUCGCUGGAGAUCCACAUGCGCAGCCACAGUGGCGAGCGCCCCUUCGUGUGUCUCAUCUGCCUGUCGGCCUUCACCACCAAGGCCAACUGCGAGCGGCACCUCAAGGUGCACACAGACACACUGAGCGGUGUCUGCCACAGCUGUGGCUUCAUCUCCACCACAAGGGACAUCCUCUAUAGCCACCUGGUGACCAGCCACAUGGUCUGCCAGCCAGGCUCCAAGGCUGAGAUCUACUCACCAGGAGCUGGGCACCCCUCAGUCAAGCUCCCCCCAGGUCUGGCCCAGGCAGGUCCUGCUCCAGCCCUGAAGUGUGGCCCAUGGGGUCUUCCUGCAGACAGUCUGGCUGGAUUCCAGCAGCACACGGCCCUUCAUGGCCCCCUGGCCUCCUCUGACGUGGGCCUGGGGUCCACCCCAUCACCAGGACUGGACAGGAAAGCCCUGGCCGAGGCCACCAAUGGAGAGGCCAGAGCGGCCCCCCAGAACGGGGGCAGCGGUGAGCCCCCUGUGGCACCCAGGAGCAUCAAGGUGGAGGCGGCCGAGGAGCCCGAGGUUGAGCCAGGGCCCCCAGCCCCUGCAUCGCGGACGCCCUCCCCGCCCAGCCCCACGCCCGCAGCGGUCAAGGCUGAGCUGCCCAGCCCCACGCCCGGCUCCAGCCCAGGCCCCGGUGCACUGUUCCUGCCACAGUUCCCUGCUGCGCCCCCCGCCUCGGAGAUUCUGGCCAAGAUGUCCGAACUGGUGCACAGCCGGCUGCAGGUGGGGGUGGGUGCGGGGGCGCCGGCAAACCUACUCGCGGGGGCCCCCAAAGGCGCUACAUGCUUCGAGUGCGAUAUCACCUUCAACAACGUCAGCAACUUCUACGUACAUAAGCGCCUCUACUGCUCCGGCCGCCGCGCGCCCGACGACGCACCCGCGGCUCGCAGGCCCAAGGGGCCCCCCACCCCUGCUCGCGCGCCCCCCGCCCCGCCACCUGCCGAACCCGACGCGCCAGGCUCUUCGCCCAGACCCCGAGCGCACGAGGACCAGGCGGGGGACGCAACCGCGCCGGAAGCCGAGACGGGCGGCCGGGGCAGUGAGGACAGCCUGAGCCCGGUCAGCGGGGCGGACGAGGAAGACGACCCCCGUCGGACACUGUGUGAAGCCUGCAACAUCCGCUUCAGCCGCCACGAGACCUACACAGUGCACAAGCGCUACUACUGCGCUUCGCGCCACGACCCACCGCCACGCCGGCCGGCCCCCGCUGCCCUCCCAGGAACCCCUGGGCUCCCCGGCAUCCCCGUACCCGCGCCGCCACCCGUGCGCACGCGCAGGCGCCGCAAGCUCUACGAGCUGCAAGCGGUCAGUCCCGCCCCGGCAGCGCCGGGCCCCGCCCCACCAGCGCAUGCUCCUGGCCUGGAGCUACCUGCUUCGCCCUCGCCGCGUCCCGGAAGCGGAAACGGGCCGGAUCAGUCCGACGGCCCCAUCGAUUUGAGCAAAAAGCCGCGGCGCCAGACCUCUACCGCCCCAACGCCAGUGCUGCCGGCCCUGGCAGAUUACCACGAAUGCACGGCCUGCCGCGUGAGCUUCCACAGCCUCGAAGCCUACCUAGCGCACAAGAAGUUUUCAUGCCCCGCUGCACCGCGUCGCCCCCGCGCCCCGGAGGAUCCCGCCGUCGUGUGCCCCUACUGCCCCCCGAAUGGCCUGGUUCGCGGGGACCUCGUCGAGCACUUGCGCCUGGCGCAUGGCCUGCUGUUGGGCAAGCCCCUGACCGGCCCCAGCGCAGAGGCCCGGACGCCCUCGCCUGCCGCCCCCCGUGAUGGCCUUAACGGCCAGGAGCCACCCACUGGCCCUCCUGACAGCAGUCCCCGGCCCACGGCCCCAUCAACCCCUCCUUCCCACUCGGACAAGGGCGUCCAGACCCCCAGUAAGGGGACGCCAGCCCCCCUGCCCAACAGCAACCACAGGUAUUGCCGCUUGUGCAACAUCAAGUUCAGCAGCCUGUCCACUUUCAUUGCCCACAAGAAGUAUUACUGUUCCUCACAUGCCGCCGAGCACGUGAAGUGACCGGAGGCCACACUACAUACAGGAGACCGCUUACACGCCCCGCUGCUCUCCAGGAGCCAGGACCUACCAGCCUAAUGCUCAUAAAGACACAAUCACCCCCAGGAACCCGGCUGUUGGUGACUCUGGUGCCUAGGAAACGCACCAAGCACAGGCCUCAGCAGAGGAGGCUGCUGAUGGCAGCGCCCACCUGGAUACUUGGCACUUAAUAAAGAAGUUCAGUUUGAUGAGUAGA